CAUUUUUUAGAUAGUUUCAUAUUUGUCGAGCUGAUUAACGGCAAUGAACUACAAAUGUAUAUCUCUUUGUUUAGCAUUUGUCAUCAGCACACUUUUUAUUUCACUAUCGGAUGCAUCACUUGCUGCUAUGUCCAUAGAUUUUGGUUCUCAGUGGAUCAAAAUGGCUUUGGUGAAACCAGGUAUGCCAAUGGAAAUGGUUUUGAAUGAAGAAGCACGUAGGAAAACGCCAAACCUAAUCAUUAUUAAGGAUAAUGAACGUCUGUUUGGUGACGCGGCACUGGCCUAUUCAGUUAAAUAUUCAAAGAAUUCUUUUACUCAUUUGAUGGAUCUUUUGGGCAAGAAAAUGGACAAUCCAGUUGUUUUACUUUACAAACAACGAUUCCCGCAUCUAAAAUUCAUUGUGGAUGGUGCCAGAAACGUUGUACAAUUCGAUGUAGGUGGCGAGAUCUACAGUAUUGAGUCUAUAGUGGCAAUGAUUUUGAGACGAUGUCGGGAAUUGGUUGAGAAUUUUGCGAAACAACCUGUUAGAGAUGUGGUUAUUACAGUUCCAGUGUUUUUCAAUCAGGCAGAACGACGUGCUCUGGUUGCAGCAGCUGAAAUCGCCGAACUGAAUUUACUGCAAUUGCUGAAUGAUCAUACUGCUGCUGGUCUAAACUAUGCUGCAUUUCGAAGAAAAGAAAUCACGGAAAGUGUACAAACUUUAUUAAUUUAUGACGUCGGAGCAACAAAAGUUACUGCUUCAGUGUUAGAAUAUGUAUUAGUGGACGAAAAGAAGCGAGAUGAAAAGAAUCCAGUUAUGACGACACUGGGAGUUGGCUAUAACCGCAUGGUUGGUGGCUUUGAGAUUACGCAGAGGCUGCGAGAUAUCUUUGUGAAUAACUUUCGUAAAACGAAAAAGACCGAAAUUGAUAUAACGAAAAAUCCACGCUCUAUGGCAAAAAUGUUGCAAGAGGCAGAGCGUGUCAAAAUUGUGCUUUCGGCAAACGUUAAUUUUACUGCGCAGAUUGAGAAUCUCCACGAAGAACAUGAUUUUACGAUGCCAGUGACCAGAACAAUGCUGGAAGAUGCGGUGAGAGAUCUGGAAGUGAAAUUAAUGCAACCUAUUGUGGAUGCUUUGAAAAUGGCUGACCUAUUGCCGGAGGAGGUCAAUCAGGUAGUGCUGAUGGGUGGUGGUAGUCGCGUUCCCUUAAUCCAAGAAUUUGUGCAGAAAUUCUUCAAGAAGAAAGAGUUGGGGAAGUUUUUGAAUACUGAUGAAGCAAUUGCAAUGGGUGCAGUUUACCAAGCAGCACAUCUGAGUAAAGGUUUCAAAGUCAAGAGGUUCGAUAUACGUGAUUUGCAAAUAUUCCCGAUACAGGUUGAUUUCGUUAGUGCACACAGUAAGGAUGAAACAGGUGCAGGACGGUUAAUACAUCGACCAAUAUAUCCAAUGAAAUCGUUCAUACCUGCAUCUAAGAAAGUUUUGUCGUUCACUUCAUUCACGGAAGACUUUUCAAUGAAUGUUAAUUAUGGAGAAAUGAGAGAGCUUAGCGCAGAUCAGCUCAUGGAAUUUGGUUCACUUAAUAUUAGUGAAAUUAAAAUAGGUGGUGUGACGGAUGUGUAUGUAAGGGAAACAGCGAAAGAAGGCACCAUUUUCAAGGGAAUAAAAACGCAUUUCGAUUUGGAUAACUCAGGGAUUUUGCAUGUUGACGGGGCCGAAAUGUUGCUGGAACAACCAUCAAGAGCAGAGUCGACAUUUGCUUCACUUGCUGGGAAAAUUACUGGAUUAUUUUCAACAAACAAUAAAAUCGACGAAACAACAGAAAAAAAUGAGGAAAUUUUGGAAUCUGGAAAAACAAAUGACAAAAGUUAUAGUACUUAUAGUGCAGGAAAUCAAACUAAAUUCGAAAAGCCGGCAGGCGACAAUAUAACGAGCAGGCAAGCGGAAGCAAACAGAACAACUGCCAAUGUAGCAGAAAUGAAGCAAGAACAAAAACCUCAGCAAAUUAAAAUUUCCUUGAAGUUGAUGGAAAACAUACUAGAUGUCUUGCCAAUUUCCGAUAGCGAAAUUACUGUUGCGAAAAACAGGAUUGCUGAAUUUGAGAGGAGAGAAAAGGAAAAAGCGAUUCGCGAAGAAGCACAUCAUAAUCUUGAAUCACUAGCUGUUGAUCUUAGCGAUAAACUUGCGCAGGAUGAAUUCAAUCGUUUUUUGACUGCUGAUGAGCACAUCACUUUGCAAAAAGAAGUAUCGCAAGUGAAAGCUUGGUUGGAGGAUGAUGUUGACAUCAAUACUCCAACAGCUGAAUUUAUUGAAAAUAAGAGGACAAUCGAUGAGUUGUUACGGCCGGUUAAGGUUCGCAUGACAGAAGACCAGGAACGUCCUUCAGUGGUUGGUGAACUGAUUUCAAUGUUUAAUCAUACAGAAAUAUUUUUGCAUCUUGCACAAAACCUUACUGAAGCCGAAGUGUUCACAGAAGUUGAAAUCAACACUUUAAAAAAUUUGCUCGAUGGAACUAGGGAUUGGCUUACUGCAAAAAUGGAGUUGCAGAAUAAAUUAAAACCCACUGAUCAACCAGCACUUCCAGUCAGUGAGGGGAAAGAAAAGUUAAUGUCACUUGAUCGUGAAGUGAAAUAUUUGUUAAAUAAGAUGAAAUUUGCGAAACCAAAAGUUAAAAAGGAAGAAAAAGCUAAGGAAACAACUGCGGAAAACGACGAAAUAUUAUCGGAAACAACAGAAAAACCAAAGACAGUUUCGGAGGAGAAAUCAGAUGAAAUGUCAAGGGAUGGACAACCUCUCAAAGAUGCGACUGAUGUGAAAAACAAGGAACUGAAAAACGGUGAACAAAAAGACGGUGCAACACACGACGGUUCCGAGCUUUAGUUUUUGCUUGUUUUUAAUUUCCGUGACCCAUUAUUUUUAGCGUUGUUCAUUUGUUGUUAUUGUUUUGUUUAUCAAACAAAUAAGUGCGUGUAAGUUAAAUUGUUUCGUUCUGCCUCAAUGAAUAAGUGAUUUACUUGGGUUAGUGGGAUUUACUGUUUCAUUAUUCCUCAUGAUUUCAACCUUCUUUGAAUAAUUCUUCAAAUAUAUUUAUCAAAAAGGAGCCAUUCAUAUGAGUUCUUGAUGUUUUCUACUGUGAUAGUGUUUAAGUAGUACCUUUUUUUCUCGUUCUUUUUUUUUCUUCCUCCUUUCUGCUUAUUCAUUGUUAUCUUUUUCCUGUAAUAACUUAUUUCGUGGUUGUUUUCAGUAUACCAUGAAAAUCCGGUUUCAUUUAUCAUCUGUGCUUUGCUCUACCGGACAUGGUUAGUCCAAAAUAAAGAUUAAGAUAGGAAGCAGU